AUGUCAGUAGACGCAAUUUUUAGCAGGUUCAGCAGCAAGAGAAAAUAUAAGCUAAUAUUCAUUUCAAUAGUAAUACUGUACACAGUGAUAUCCAUUCAUAACAAUAAUAAGGCAAUUUCAAGAAAAUUUGAAUCAAUUACUGGUAAAAUUAGACUACCGACAACUUCACAUUUAGAUGACAUAAAUUUGAAAGAAAUUGACGUACAGAAUUCCGAUUUGAAGGAGGAACUGGAUUUACGCAAACAGUUGACAAUGAUGUUCCCAUACGAUUACACGAAGCCUAUCCCCAGAAAAGUAUGGCAAACUUGGAAAGUGGGGCCAAAUUCAAAAAAAUUCCCUGAAAAUUAUAGAUCCUUCGAAGAAAAGUGGACUCGUUAUUCAGAUUCUGCAAGCUUUUCGUAUUCAUUAAUAACAGAUGAUCAUAUUUCAGCGUUUUUAAAAAAUACAUAUGGUGAAGUUCCCACGAUCAUUGAAGCAUUUGAUUUAUUACCAAAUAAGAUUUUGAAAGCAGAUUUUUUUAGAUAUUUAAUAUUGUAUGCUAGAGGUGGUAUCUAUUCCGAUAUGGAUACAAUUCCUUUAAAGGCUUUGAAUUCUUGGCCUUCAACAAAUCACAACAUUCUUUCAAAAUUGACGAGAAUGCAGCCUCUUCCGGAAAACGAACCGGGACUUGUUGUUGGUAUUGAAGCUGAUCCUGAUAGACCUGAUUGGAACGAAAACUAUGCUCGUAGAAUCCAAUUUUGUCAAUGGACAAUUCAAGCUAAACCUGGUCACCCAGUCUUACGUGAGAUUAUAUUAAAUAUUACAACUACAACUUUAAACAGCGUAGAAAAUAAUCUAUCGAAAGAUAUUGACUUACAAUUCCCGGAGGAUUAUAACAUUAAUUAUAGGCAUUCGAGGCGUAAUGAUAAAAGUGUCAAACAUAAUCAGUUGAAAAACUCUAAAAAUAUUGAUGGGACGGAUAUUAUGAACUGGACAGGUCCAGGAAUAUUCACUGACAUAAUUUUUGAAUAUUUGAAUAAUUUGAUUCAGAAUAAUGGGAAUGUUUUCAUCAUUAAUGAUCACCUAGAUGCCGACGUGACAGAUGUGACAAAUCCAGCGCAAAAAUUCUUGAUAAAGAUUAAAGAGUCGAUGAUUAAGCACAAAAUCAUACCUUGGGAAUUUUUUUCAUUAAUGACAAAGCCCGUAAUUGUAGACGAUAUUAUGGUUUUGCCAAUUACAAGUUUCUCCCCUGAUGUUGGACACAUGGGUGCUAAAUCUCAAGGCGAUGAGAUGGCAUUUGUUAAACACAUGUUUUCAGGAUCUUGGAAAGAGGAUGCAGAUGGCAAUAAGCCAAAUUAG